AUGCCGUUAGACUCUAAAUGGGCGACAGCUUCAAUAGAGCUAGAAACUGUUAAAAUCCCUGACAGGAAAGAUCGUUCUUCGCCAAAGAAAACCGUUGUGGAAAAUGGCACUAACACGUCUAAAUGGGCCCAUGUAGAAAAGCAGGAUAACAGAAAACAUAAACAAACAAAGCUUAAACGAUUCCGAGGAAAGUCUCAAUCCUUAACUGAAUAUAGUAGUAAUCCUUCAAGUGAGAAUGAACUAACAAACUCUAGACCCUCAACCGGCGAUAGCAAUUAUAGUUCCAAGAAUCAGAUAUUUGAUACUCAUACUGUUGAAGGACAUAGUUUAAAAGAGGAUUCACAUGAGCGGUUUACGCAUCAACCGAAUGAAUUAGCUUUUAGGUUAGGUUUAGUGCAACCGAAGUCUCUAGAAAAGGGUUCUGUUAGUAGGACCCACAAACGAGAGCAACUAAGUCAGUCCGAAAAGGCGCUACGUGGGGGUGAUAGCCGUAAGGAAAAAGUUAAAGAGCUGGCUCUAAACUCAAACCCUCUUGCUGUUAGAUUGGGAAUAGGGUUACCGAAUCCUGUAACGGAAAGAGGGGUUAAAUCAAAUUCAGUCAGCAACAAGAGAACAAAGGACAAAAAUAAUGGUACAAAGGACCCUCAACUAAGAAAACAUUUACUCGAAAGGAACAUCGAAGAAAAAAAGAACGUUCUCCUAAAAAAUAUACAUAAGGAAAAGCAGAAGCAGAUAUUAACGGAUUUCCUAAAUGAUGAUUUCUCUCUUGAAUGGGAUGAAAGUGAGUUAGUAGCUCAAUUACAGGAAUUACAAACUAGUUAG